GAACGAUGGUCUCGCUUUGAGAUUCCCCACGAUAGAGAGAAGGAGCUGAGAGGAGAACGGGAAUGGAAGGGGAGAAAGGGAAGGAGGUUGAGGUUGCGGCGGUGGUGGAAGAGACCAGAUCGAGGUUUAGAAAGAUCUGCGUCUUCUGCGGGAACCAACCAGGGCGGAAGGCUAUUUACCAGGAGGCCGCCAUCGAGCUCGGAAGGCAGCUGGUGGAGAGUGGCAUCGAUUUGGUGUAUGGGGGAGGCAGCAUAGGAUUAAUGGGCAUCGUUUGCCAAGCAGUGCAUGAAGGAGGCCGCCAUGUCUUGGGGGUCAUUAGCAAGUCCUCCAUGGCAGGAGAGUACAUAACCAGUCAAACUGUCGGAGAAGUUCAAAUUGUUUCCGACAUGCAUGAAAGGAAAGCUGAGACAGCUCGCCGAGCUGAUGCCUUCAUUGCAUUGCCUGGUGGGUAUGGAACGCUUGAAGAACUUCUUGAGGUUGUUACAUGGGCUCAGCUGGGAAUCCACAAGAAACCGGUUGGGCUCUUAAACAUCGAUGGUUUUUACGAUUCACUCUUGUUCUUCGUCGAUAUGGCUGUCGACGAAGGGUUCAUCACUCGAGCUGCUCGCAACAUCAUCAUAUCUGCACCAUCAGCCAAGGAACUCAUCAGAAAGUUUGAGGUGACUUUAUCAUCAUCCUUCUUCUUGAACUCUUUUUGGGUGAAACCUUUGGCUGAUGAGGUGCAAAAUGAUUUAAUAACAUUCAUGUAUCAUCCUUCAAUCGAUUAAAACAAUAAUCUUCGUGGGACUCGAUGGAAAAGGUACAGUUUCAUUUUGACAUGGAGAACCUGAGAAUUCGAUCUUCCAAGAGAUGGAUGCUUUUCGGAAUGACAUCUUUACGAUGAGGAGUCCAACGUAGUUAUGGCAAUAUUCCUAAAAUAAAAAUAUUUCGAUGAAUAUUCUUACCUCGAGCGCAUGGUGAUUGAUUCUUAUUAACCGGGCUUUAUGUGUCGAUUGAUUUUGAAUAUCGAUCAUAUCGUAUCAUAUCAACUCAUAUAAUUUUGUUUUAUGGAGACUUCUCUUCUUAAAAUCCUUCACAUUCAA